AGGUGAUCGGUGCGCCUCCGCGAGCCCACUCUCGUUGCUGGGGGGGUGGGGGUGCUUCAUCGCUGUCACGAAUCCGGUUUGUCCCCCGACCCUGUGCGUGCAGGGAGGGUGGAGGAGCGGGGACAGCGGCGGCUGGACUCCGCUCACCGUGUCCGAGCAGGCCCGUGUUUUUACACUGGUCCCUGCUGGAUGGGACAGAAGUCAGUGUGAGUUCAGCCAUCAUCCAGCUGUUUUUUUUUAUUCUGGCAUCUGUUCUCCUGCUGAGCCUGCAGCCCUCUGAACGUUCCCCCAGUCGCUCUGAGUCCUGUCUGCACUCUGACAGUCAGUUUUCUCCUGUGGUGGUCUAUUCUGAUGGAUCAAUAUGUCCACUACUAAUAAUAUUGCCCAGGCCAGGAAACUGGUGGAGCAGCUGAGGAUUGAGGCAGGAAUUGAACGCAUUAAGGUUUCCAAAGCGGCAGCAGAUCUGAUGAGUUACUGCGAGCAGCAUGCUCGUAGCGACCCGCUGCUCGUCGGGGUGCCCACCUCUGAAAACCCUUUCAAGGACAAGAAGCCUUGCAUCAUCCUAUAGCUGUGUCUUGCUCUUUUUGCCCUCACACACACAUGCACACACAUACACAUGCAAACCCACACACCCAAAAAUAACCACUCUGGAACCGUGUCAUACCCCAAGCCACCGCUAGGGGGCAGGCAUCUUGUCCUCCUAGUGGCUGAGUUCAGUUAAUCAGAGUAUGGGUCAGGUGCUGUGCUACCCCUCACAAAUGCUGGUAAAAUAACUACAGGUUAACUUGAAAGGGGAUUGUUUCUUUUCUUUCUUUGUCCAUGAAACGAGGUGUUGGGUAAACGAAGGGCAGCUGUGGCAGAGGCGGGCCGUGGGACGGUGCAUGUGGGUAACAGCAGUAGGCGCAUCCACGACAUAGUGUUGCGUUUAAAGCUCUACAAAUGCCUCUUUCUUUCUCUGGAAACCUAUGAAGUAGAAAACGUUUGAGAGCUUUGGAGCAAUUCUUUGCUCCCAUCAAACUGCAGCAUGUUCCUCCACAUCUGGAACAGCAGCUCUGUGGCCUCAGCGUGGCUGCCUGCAGCCUUGUGGCCUCCAGCUGUGCCACCCUGUACAAAAUGCCGUCUCUAGAUACGGAUUUGCCGUCGCUGACGUUACAGCAGGUGAUGAGAGAUGCUUCGACAUCUUAGCUGACCUCAGAUCUGCAGCUACGAGACAUGCAGCGAAUAGCUCUAUAAAGAUCUCAAGCUAUUACCCGUGGACGUUUACCGCUUUUAUUUCCCUUAACGAAAUACUUGUUUGUGAACUCAGUGUAUGUUUUGGUAUUUUUUGGAGCAUUACUUAUCAGACAAGAUGAAGCUGUACACUUUUUUAUGGUUUUACUCUGACAUAUUAUGGGUGUGACCCCUGACUAAUCCCUUUUUUCAUGUUUAUGCUAAUGAGAUGACAGAUCUAGUGACGAGUCGGGGGUCUCACCUGAGCAGACGUUUCUACUGUACAUGACACCUCCCUGUGCUUUACUUUGAAAGAGUGAGGUCACAUCAGAACAUCUAUCUGCUGAGGCUGCAAGACUAAGAGAUCAUACAAAAAAUCCCAUGUUCUCCACUCAUAUUGGAUCCUCUUGUGGGAAAAUCCUGCAACGAUCAAGGAUUACUUAUUGACUUAUUGCAUAAUAAUUUAGGUUAUUAAUAAAACAUUGUGACUUUAGAAGUAUUUUAAGGACCCAUCUUUUGUGUGUUCGCCCUGGUCAGGGAUCAGAACAAGCUUGCAGCCUUCCUCUGUGUCCUCGUCUCUUCCAAAACUCUCCUCUUCUCUGACAAACCAAACUUGAUUGUAAAAACUGAAAACAAAGGGGGUAUAAAAAAGACGACAACGUGUAUAAACUUUCUUUCAGAUGUUUAGAAGUGAUAAGUUGAAGAGUAGCUGUUCUGGCUUUAUUUUUUACGUUCUCUUCUUUCUAUGGAGUCCAUGGAACCCAGUCAGUGGAGUGUGGUCACCCUGUACAGUGUUUGUAAGAUAUAUCUAAACACGGAUGCCCCUCACCCGUGAACAUUUGACUUUUUAGCAUUACUUCUGAUUUGUAUGGUGGCCCUGAGGUGUAAAUGAACAACAUUUGAAAAAAAACAGACUUACAUUUGAAAAUACAGAAUUGUAUUAAGCCAAAGCAGAAGUGGCCGGAAUCACACUUGGAACAAAUGGAAUCACGUUUGAAAAAACAGAAUUACAUUAAGCCAAAGCGGAAGUGACCGAAGCGGAAGUGGCUGGAAUCACA